UCUCUCUUUCUUCACCCGUCGCCUUGCCCAGUAUUCGAUCCUCCGCUCAAAGAAAAAAACGAGUUCCCAGAUCCAGUAUUCCCCAGCGCAGCCGAGUCCGGGGCAGUCCUCCUUCCACCGAACCUACGCCAUCAUCGAAGGCUUCCAUCUCCAUCUGAGGUGGAGUAGAAUUGAUCGAGUCUCGUCUCUUCAGCUCUUCUUUUGACAUGGAUAUGAACCACCCUUCAGCACUCGUCAAUGGGGACACUCUGAAGAUGUUUGUGGGGCGGAAAGUGCGCACAGUGGUUAAAGUCCAACGCACUGAAGGCGGAGUUCUUCUUGGGCAGUCGACCGAUGGGCAUCAGCUGACCAUAAAAGGUGCGUCAGAAGGCGUUGGAUCACAUUUUCUGGAGGUUGUUGGGAUUGCAGACAACGCCCAGUCCAUCACUGCUGAAAUCUGCAAAGAUUUUGGUGAAAACUUUGAUGCUGAGGCGUUCAAUGGGCUGUGCAAGGUUUCAAUGGACAACAAGGUGAAGGAACUUUUCCUGUAGUGGAAGGAAGGCAUUUGGCAGAUCAAUCAUGCUCAGAGUUGAUGAUAUGUUUCCCGCUUUAAGAUCUGCCUGAAUGUCACUUGAGUCACCUCUGUACUCUGUUUCUUAGUCUUGGGCUACUUAUUAGAACCUACGAAAACUAUGAAGACAAGUGGUUUUGUGUGCGUCAAACAAGAAACUGAUCGAGGCAUCUGUUGCAAACAA